GUUAGUAUAGUGGAAAAGGUAGGCUAGACCUAGCAGCUUGCUCGCAUUCCGCCCUGCACCGCCCGUGCCCAACCAUCAAUGUAACGGGAAUCCACUAGCCAUGUAACGGGGAGGAGCGGAAGUCUACGCAGUAGUAGAGUGGAGGCAUCGUCAUGUCAAUUACUAUAAAUCACAUACAAGUCACUCGUCCAAAGUAUCAUCACCAGCACUCAGCUUCCAUCACUACAACAUCUAAUAAUCACUCUUCAACUCAACGCCUCAACUUUCCACCUUAAUCUAAUCACCAAACCCAUCCAAAACCAUCACCAUGAAGUUCUUCACUGCCGUCUCCGCUGCCGUUCUCGGCUUCUCCAGCAUGGCUUCCGCCAUCACUGUCAGCUACGAUACCGGCUACGAUGACGCCGGCCGCUCCAUGAACGUUGUCUCCUGCUCUGACGGAACCAACGGUCUGGCUGCUCGCUUCCCCACCCAGGGCAGGCUUCCUCGCUUCCCCCUCAUCGGUGGUUACCAAGGCAUUGCUGGCUGGAACAGCCCUCAGUGCGGUACCUGCUACGGUCUCACCUACAACGGCAGGACCAUCUACGUCCUUGCUAUGGACCACACUGGCGCCGGCUUCAACAUUGCCCAGGCUGCCAUGAACCAGCUCACCAACGGCCAGGCUGCUGCCCUCGGCCGCAUCGACGCUCAGUACCAGCAGGUUGCUGUCAGCAACUGCGGUCUUUAAAUCAUGACCGUUGUGCACCAUUACACAAAAAAUAGAAGAGGCGGAGAGAUGAGGGCGACGAUGAAUAUGCGAUAAUGUUUAUAUUGGCUUUAAAUACUUGGCAUAGCGCUUGCUUCAUACAGCAUGAAAUGGCGUUUACUGUAUAUACACACUCCUUGGUAACAUCAAAAUAGUAAUAUACUUACUCACAAAACAACUGGUUUGAUUUGCAAGGUG